AUGAAUGGAAACAACAAGAACGAGAUAAUAGAUUAUAAAAAUAAAGAAAAUCAAGAUUAUUAUGAUGGUGAAGAAGAAGAAGAAGAAUUACCUUUAAAUUUCACUAGAGGUCGUAGAGCAAACAAUAUUGUCGGUCAUAAUCAUUCGAAUAAUGAUAUUAGUCAUAUGAUUGAUAUUAAUACAUCAGUUGUUAUAUCAGCAAAUGAUCAUGAUGAUGAGGAAGAAGAGGAUGGAGAAGAAGAAGAGGAUGAUGAUGAUGAAGAAUCAUAUGAUUAUGAUGAAAGUCAAAGUGUUCGUAGCGAUGAAUCACCUUUUACACCUACAACUCAACAAUUAAAAAAGAAAUCAGGUCGUGGAAGUGGUAGUAAUCAUUCUAGAUCUAGACGUCCUCUACGUGCAAUGUGUGCUUCCAUCAAGAAAGCAUGUUCAAAACGACCAAUGGAGGGAAGACUCUACUGUAGCAAGCAUAUACUAGAGGAUCCUACUGCACCAUAUGCACAAUGCGAGUUUGUAAGUUCAAAGUCGAUGAAGAGAUGUACAGCACCUGUAUCACUACGUGAGACAACACCACGAUACUGUCCUACACACAAGCACAUGGUAGUAUCACAACUCCAAAAGAAACGUACACUGGAGGAUUCAAACUCCACAUCAAGUUCACAAUCCAAGCGACUUCUUGCAAUCUUGGCAAAACAUGGUAUCAACAAAGGAAAUUACUAUCAAGAUUAUAAGAAUAAAGAGUUAAAUAAUAAACGUUUAAAGAUACCAACGUUAGAUGAUAUUCAACAAACUGAAAUAAAUGAAUCGGAAUCAUCAUCAACAACAACAACAACAACAACAACAACUUCAACUUCAACAACAAUAGCAACAGCAACAACAACAACAACAACAACAACAACACCUUUUAAUAAUCAUAUGGAUGCAUCUAAAUAUUAUAAAUUUGAAUCAAUACAAUCAAACAAAUGGUUAGAUUCACAACUCUUGGAACCAAAGGAUAAUGACGAUUGGCAUUUAUGUGAUGAUUUCAAUGAAGAUUUUUAUUUAGCACAAACAUCAUUACUUUCAGAGGAAGAAUUGGUACAACGAAGAAAGAUUUACAUUUCAAAAUUAAUUUUAUUAUACAAGAAACAAUAUACAAGAAUUAAAGAAAGAUUAAGAAUAUUAAGAAGACAUUAUUUGGAAUCAGUAUUAAAUGAUAAUCAAAAUAAUAACAAUCAAAAUAAUAAUAAUCAAAAUAAUCAAAGUUUAUGCUCACAUAGUGGAUGUAAAGUUUAUCCUCUACCACUUUCAAAAUAUUGUUAUGCUCAUAUAUUGGAUGAUAGCCAACAAAAACUAUUUACAGGAUGUAAUUAUCAGUUGAUUAAUGAUCAACGAUGUGGAUAUCCUAUUUUAAAGACACAGAUACCAGAUUUAUGUUUGGAUCAUUUGGAUGUUAUCGCUCAGCAAGACUCUCUAUUUAUUAAUGGAAAGAUACCAAAGAAGAAACAACUGAAAUCACUACUGCAACAACAGGCACAACAACUAAAGAAACUCUCACCCAACACCUACAUAUCGAUAUCAAAUCAAAACACACCGAUGCAACUUACACUCUCUGAUAACUAUGGUAACAACUAUAUGACCACACCAUUCAGCACAUCAACAUCACCAUCGUCUUCAUCCACACCUUCGUCCCCUCUAUUUAAAUCAACUGGAAAGUCUUAUCCUCCUAUACCAUCCAAACCCUCAAGUAAAGUAAUUUAUAAAGAAUCAACAAGAAAAUAUAUUUAA